CGCAUUUUCCUGACAAACUCAGCUUUCAAUGACGUUUGAAGUCGUCGUGUGCGGGUCGUCCAACAUGGACUUGAUUGCGUAUGUCGACCGAAUGCCCGCGGUGGGCGAGACCAUCCAUGGACACACGUUUGCGUCUGGCUUUGGCGGCAAGGGCGCCAACCAGUGUGUCAUGGCGGGCAAGCUUGGAGCCAAGGUCGCAAUGAUCACCAAAGUUGGCGAAGACGCGUAUGGAACAGCCACGCUCGAAAAUUACAAGAAGGUUGGCGUGAACACUGAUUUCGUGUUCAAGACGAGUGAAGCUUCAACUGGUGUUGCCCCAAUCACUGUUGAUGCCAAAGGCAACAAUAGCAUCAUCAUCAUUCCAGGAGCGAAUGCACUCAUCACGCCGGAAGAAGUCUCUGCACCGGCUGUCAAGCAGGCGAUUGAAACGGCGGCCGUGCUCGUCACGCAGAACGAAAUCAACCACGACGCCACUCUGGAAGCCAUGCGAAUCGCUCGACACAGCAAGACACUGUGCAUUUACAACCCAGCGCCAGCACUUCCAAGCCUGCCUGAGGAGUUCCUUGUGCUGCCCGACAUUGUGUGCUUGAACGAGACUGAGGCAGCGCUGUACACGCAAGUCCCGGCCAUCAACGACGUCGAAGAUGCUCGGCAAGCGUGCAAGAAACUGCUCGCUCGCGGCGCGCGCAGCGUAUUGUUGACGAUGGGAGCCACUGGCUCUCUCUACGUUGGCAAGGGCGACCAGCUUCACAACGAGCGCAACGACAACGCCGAGAUUGUCGACAUUUUUGUGCGUGCCCAAAAGGUCGAUGCUGUGGACUCUUCUGGCGCUGGCGAUUCAUUUGUCGGCGCGCUGGCUUACUACCUCGCCCACUACGGAGCGUCAAUGUCCUUGAAAACCGCCAUCAACCGCGCAUCCAGCAUUGCCAGCGAUUCUGUGCGUCGCAAGGGCACCCAGUCAAGCUACCCAACCCGCGACACGCUUCCUUCCUCUUUAUUCGACGCCGACGCAGAGAUGAAGUUGUGAUUGGCACGUGUACUUGUUCAUUUGGGUGGGGGGGGAGUGUUUUUGUUUUUAAUAUACAACUUUGACGGCAUUCAAGUGUUGCUGUGCUCCUC